AGGGCUGCUAAGGUUUGUGUUGGGUAAAGAAAGAUCUCCUAACAAACCAACAUUCUUUUCCACAUGAUCAGAACUAAUUGGCCCCCCUGCAGACUAAGUGACCAAUCAUAUCAGCUUCAGAAGAAACCAGCCCCCAUUGGAUCAUGAAUAGAAGAAUGUGAACUAUAAACCCAGUUCAAGAAAAGAGAGCCCUACAAACUAGACUUGUCGAUAAGACUGCCUGCCUAAACAGAUAUAUCCCUCGGAGAGUGCCCAAAGAUCCACCUUUACCCCUCAUCCACAGCUUCAAAACUUUUGAGCAAAACAGCCAGGGAUGGAUAGCAGCAAGUGCAGAACGAAGGCGCCACUUCUGACUCCAAGACACUGGAGGAUGGUGACUAAAGAUGGCCACAGUACACUGCGGAUGGAAAGAGCCCCCAGAACAGGCCUCACCCAGCUUCGGGAUGCAUGGGGAAUCCUAGUAGACAUGCAAUGGAGAUGGAUGAUGCUCAUCUUUUCUGCAUCUUUUGUGAUUCACUGGCUCAUCUUUGCAAUCCUCUGGUAUGUUCUAGCUGAGGUGAAUGGCGACCUCAUGGUAAACCAUGAUGCCCCACCUGAAAACCAUACUAUCUGUGUAAAACAUAUCACCGGUUUCACAGCUGCACUCUCCUUCUCACUGGAGACCCAGCUCACGAUUGGCUAUGGCACAAUGUAUCCCAACGGUGACUGUCCCAGCGCCGUUAUCUUACUGGCCAUCCAAAUGCUCCUGGGACUCAUGCUGGAGGCCUUUAUUACAGGUGCCUUUGUGGCAAAGAUUGCCCGUCCAAAGAACCGAGCUUUCUCGAUCCGCUUUAGUGAUCUGGCAGUAGUAACCCACAUUGAUGGCAAACCAAAUCUGAUCUUCCAAGUCAUCAACACUCGACUGAUAUCACUCACCAGAGUCCAAGUCUCUGCUGUUCUCUACCAGGAACGCGAGAACAGCCAACUCUACCAGACCAGUGUGGACUUCCACCUGGACAGCAUCAGCUCUGAGGAAUGCCCAUUCUUUAUCUUCCCACUCAACUACCAUCAUUCCAUCACACCCUCGAGCCCUCUAGCCACUCUGCUCCAGCAUGAGAAUCUUGGUCACUUUGAAUUAGUUGUGUUCUUCUCUGCUAUGCAAGAAGGGACCGGAGAAAUAUGUCAAAGGAAGACAUCCUACCUACCAUCGGAGAUCAUGCUGCAGCACUGUUUUGCUCCUAUCCUAACUCGAGGUUCCAAAGGUGAAUAUCAAAUCAAGAUGGAGAAUUUUGACAAAACUAUCCCUGAACUUCCAGCUGCUGUGGUACCUAAGAGCCCAAAUAGGACUGACAUGGGAAUCCAUAUUAAUGGGCAACACAUUGAUAAUUUCCAGAUCUCUGAGACUGGGCUGGCAGAAUAGAUUGAGAACACGGCUACAUUUGAAAAUAACAUCAAACUACUUAAAUGGAUAUGCAGUUAUUUGCCCCCUUAUUACUGCUACCACAUUAUAUUCUUCCUCAGUUUUAGCAUGGCAUGAAAAACAUGAUUUCUGACUACAGAAACUGAGACUACUAGAUGAAUUUACUCUGAAAACAAAGAUGAAAAUCUGGUAAAGUAAAAAUUCUACCAGCUGAUUUCAUUAAACUGAUCAAAGCUACAGUAACUAAAAGAAAAAUUAUACAGACUUCACUUCUGAUGACAUUUAAAUAUGAUUAGAUUUUUUUUGUAAAAGGCAAAGAAUUCAAAAAUGUGACCUCCAAAAACCUACCCGUAGCAAUUCCAUUUAAAUUCAUGACUUAAUAUAAUACAUGUAAUUCCAAUCAGAAAUUAACUCCAUGUGAUGUCAAUGCUCCUUGGAUACAAUAACUGUUAGGAAAAUUAUCACAAUUUUCAAAACAAUGAAGAUCAUUAAGUAUUGGCCUUAAUUUUUAAGAAUAAUGGAAUUCACAAAGAUAAGAGACUUUUAAAUGUUUGAAGAAUUCUAAUUCUAAUUCUAAUUCAAAGUAGAUCUAAUUCAAAAAGCUUAAGCAAAAGAAAAAAUAUGCUUGCAAAUAAGUUAAUAGGAAACUAUUUGGGAUAUAAGAAAUAAUGAAACAUGUGAUUUGUAUCUUUUCUGGGAAUAAUAUUUCUCUGACCAUGUUCGUAAAAUAACCAUUUUAGGGUCACAAAAAAAGAAAGAAAAUAGGGUGAUACUUCUGAUUUACUAAAAAUAGAAUCAUACCCAUUACAUUUAUGAACAUUAUUUAAAAUACUUAACUAUAGUCUAUAUUUUAACAUUGCAUAUAUAUUUUACAAAAAAAGAGGGUCUACAAUUUAACAUUUUUAUUUUUGAGAUGAUAAAAAACAAGUCAAUAUAAUCUAAGCAAUUUAAAAACAAAGCUACAACUAAAAAAGAUAUUUAUUAGGAUUAUGCUUUCACUGAUUUGAAACCGGAAAGAAUUAUAGAUGAUUUCUAGUCCAAUCACUUCAGUUUGAAUGAGCAAAGUUAGGCAGAGAAAAGUUAACUGAUAUGCCCCAAGCCAAAUCAGUAACCCUAUACGUAUAGUAAAGAUUCAAGCAUAGGUCCUCUAGUUCCAAAGUUGCACUCCUUGGAAGAUCUUAAUGAUCAAACGGUAUCUAUUGUAAAAGUCAGAAUCAAACCAACAAACUGGAAAUGGCAUUAUCCCAGUUUCCAUUUGAAGGAAAACAUACAAAUGAUUCCACACCAUAACUUAAUGGCCUCCAUUAGAAUCAUAAAGACUCUCUUAAGAAUUCAAUAAUUUAAACACACAAAUACCACUUAACUCUAACAAGACUAUAGAGGUUGGCAAAGAAGCAAUAUUAUCCAUUUUGAACAUUCACAUAUCAAAGAAUGAAGAACAAAUGUCCUUUUCUAAAUCCAAAGCAUAUAGAUUCUUCUGUAAACAAAAGAUAAAUGAGGUUGGACUACAUGAUAUUUAAAGUUCAUUCCAAGUCUAUUUACUAUUCUAAGAUAAUUAUAUUUUAAUCACUUUUGUGGAUAUAUUCCUUACUCUUAAGAGUAUUUGUGUCAGUUCUUUCCAAUAAUGUAUUAACUUGGUCACUAGAAAAAGAGCUCACAAUUUGAGUACCUACAAGCUAAAGUAAUGUAGGAUGGAAUAAACAAAUUACAUGUACAAUGUAGAUCCAUGAAAGUCUGAGGGAAUCACAAAAUGUGAUUGAACCUCAUUGGUCAUCUACUCCAGACUAUAUCUGGAAAAAAAAAAUCGAAAACCAAAAACUGCCUCUAAAACCUAACAAGUGACCAUCGGAGGCUUUGCUUUGAAGACCUCCUAUUAAAAGGAACUCAGUGAGUCCUAUGUCCAUUCCGUUUUUGGAGAGUGCUAACUGUUAAGAAAGUUUUCCUUACAUCGGUCCUAAAUAGGCCUCUUUGCAAUUGCCAUGUGCUAUUUCUACUUCUGCCCUCUAGGCCAAACAGAGCAAGAAUAAGAAUCUCCCUUUAUAUGAUAUCCUUUCAAAAACUUGAAAAGAGCUAUUUCAUCCCACCAAAAGGUCAUGUCCCACACUUUCCUCUCCCUCAAUCUUAGCCUUCUGGUCUCCAGUAAAAACUCUGGUUCCUUUAACCAGUUCUUUGAAUCUAACCUCAUAUGGAAUAUCUCAGAACACUCUCCAAACUAUUAAUGUCUUCUAAAAUAUGGUACACAGAACUGAACACAAUACUGGAGACAUGGUCUGGCCAGAAGAGAGUACAAAAGGAUUGUUCUUGCCUUAUUCUCAGAAGAUAAAACAGUCGACACAGCCCAAGAUCAUACUGACUUUUGGAGAGAGCCAUGCUAGUGUUGACUCAAAUCAAGCUGCCAGUCCACUAAAUUUCAUUUUAUUCGAACUAUUUAAGAGGAACCACUGGAGAUGCUAUCUUUCCCACCAUGCACUUGGGAAGACUUUUAAAAACCAUUAAGGCUAGGGCAGCGGCUCAGUGGAUAGGGCUGAGCUUAGAGAAAAGAGGUCCUGGGUUCAAAUCAGGCCCUAAAUACUUCCUAUCUUGUGACCUUGGGCAAGUCACUUAACCCCAACUGCCUGUCCCAUACCGCUCUUCUGAUUUAGAACUGAUACAUAGCAUUGAUUAAUAAAUAAAUCAAUAAGGCUGCUUUUAUCUCUACUGCAUAUUAUCUUAAGUUUAAUUUGGCCCAAUUGGUCCUAAUCUCAACAAGACCUUUCUGUAUCCUAACGCUGACAUUCUGGAUUUUCCCUAAUCAUACCAGCUUUUACAUCAUUUGCCAAUUUGACAAAGGGGAUACCUCUCCCUUUAUCCACGUUACUGAGACAAGUCCCGAUCCCUGUGGCAGCUCACUGAAGGUCUCCUUCCAUGUUCCAUUUUUUUACCUAAACAUUAGGUAAAAACAUUGGGUCAAGUCCCAGAACCAAUUUUGAAUCUAACUGAACUAUCAUAUAGCACAUUUCUCCUCAUCUUUUCUGUAAGCAUAAGAAACUUUAUCAAAUACUUGCUAACAAACUAUGCAUCUUAAAUAUAGCACACCCUUGAUCUACUAGUAACCCUGCUAGAAAACAAGAUCUAUGUACUGGUAUGCCCUCUUUCUAAAAAAGUCACAUUGCCUUGGCUCAUUAUUUGCUGCCCUUGUGAAUCUGUCUGAAGUCUGACUCUCACAGGGGAUACUCUGAAUAAUCCAAUGGCCAAAACCUUUUAGAUCUUUCCUGCAUACAUUUUCAAAUUUCAUUUCUACAGAAAAUAACCCCCCACACUUGGAAAAUAAGAAUGCACAAAUUCUAUCUUUCCAAAUUUCACAGGGAGUUCACAUUUUACUCCCCUUUGUAAACUCUCACUACCUAGGCUUACAUGGAAAAGGACAUAUACUGAAUUAAUGUUGACCAAGUAAUAUUAACACAUGUUUAGAAUAGUAUACUUGUCAAGUUAAAGGAAGAAACUCAAUGUAAUGCUUGUUGAUUUUUUUUUUAAUGGAGGCAGGAUGAAAAUGGUAUAGAGAAAUGGCUAUGCUUAAAGAUUAUUGUAAUGACUACUUUGUACAAGAUUACUGGAACACGAUUACCAAUAAGGAUUCCAAAUCAGAAGGUAAUACCAGAUCAACUGGGCAGCUGGGCCUGAAGUCAGGAAGACUCAUCUGCCUGAAUUGAAAUCCAGUCUUUGACACUGAGUGAUACUGCAAAUCAUUUAAUCCUGUUUGCAUCAGUUUCCUCAUUUGUAAAAUGAACUGGAAAUGAAAAUGGCAAAUCCCUCCAGUAUCUUUGCCAAGAAAAUCCCAAAUGGGCACAAGAAGAGUUGGACACAAAUGAAAAUGACUGAACAAAAAACAUAGACCAGAAGCUCUUUGAUUAUGAAAUAUCAUUGUAUCUUAAGACUUAAAUUGAAUGCUUUCCCCUUAAUGGAUUAAGGGGUUCUCCUUGAUAUUAUUUCCUUUAUACUCAACCUAUACACAUGUGAAAGAGAACCAGAACCUUAAUCCUCAUUUUUCAGAUAUAAAAUCUGCCACAUACUCAGAAAAGCAUACAACAGGGAGACAAGAGGUGUGAAAGAGGAAACAAGGAGAGCAGAUUCCCAUAUUACUUUCAUUCUCACACAGUCACUAUUCAGGGCUACAUUGCUUACUUGUUUCAUAACUUUCUUUAUCACAUCAACAUUUACCACCCCCCAAAGGUGUGUUGCAUGAUGAGGUAGUGACUGGAUCACCAUCUUUGUUCAUCUUUCAGUAAAAGUCAAUCCUGAUUUGGGCAAGUUGGAUAGGGGAGCAUUGUUCAAGAAUGACUUGGACUACAUGAGCCGUGAGGAACAUUCUGAUUUUGUGAAAUAUUUUUACCAGGUUCACUAUGAAUAAACUCCUGGGGGCAGCAUUGGCUGAAAGUCAACAACCUUCCUAUUUGGCCCAAGGGACUAAAACAUUUGCCUUUGCUAGUAUCCAUCUGGUGACUAGAAUAUUUUCAGUUUCUCAGUACUAUACACAUCAAAAAGGACUAUUUAGAAUCCUAUCCUCACGGCACAACACCCCCUGGGUUUAUUAGUAUCUUUUUAGUCCUUGACAUUUGUAUUGUUUAGUAUCAACCAAGAAACUUUCUAUAGACUCUAGUGUUCUCCCAUGGCUUCCAAUAUAAUUUCUGUGGAAGUCAUUAUCAAUCUCCCAUCUACUAGACAUUCUCACACACCAUACAAAACUUCAGCACAUUAGAUUUUCUUCAGUUUCCACAUGGUUAUGAGUUAUAAGUGUUCACUCCUGGUCUCUAUGGCAACGGGUACAAACUGAGUGAUGACUAAAGGGCACCUGAAGCAGUCAUAUAUAUUCCUUAACCCAGGAAGGUUUAGAGCAUGGAAAACAAGCUGCAUUUAGUAGAGCACUCGAGGUUCACAUACCAACCCUAUAACUUACUAGUUGAUAUCUAACCUACAUCCAGGCUAAGGAACUUUCUCAGCCUCAUCUGCUAACAAGAAGGGGCUGGACACAAUGAUCUUGAAAAUACCUUCUAGGUCUGGAUCUGAGAUAUAAAACUAAUAUCCAAACAAGAAGCAGAAGAGAAGAUUUCAUUUUCCCAAAAAAUGUUUAACUUAAGCCCCUAAUAUAUCCUAGAAGUCCUCCCCAAUUAUAUCUCUAGAAGUUCCCAAACAUCUAUGUGGGAAUGAAGCUACCUGUAAUCUAGCCCUUUGGGUAUAUCUAAAGAAAAAGACCCAGGAAGUGAAGUAUUACUUUUUACCAGAUACAAUCUUACUACGAACACUUUAUAUACAAAAUUAUCCUCAUAGCAUGAACACUAGAUAGAAUCCUAAUGUGUGGUUUUUCAUGAGCUAUUUAACUCAUCAAAAACUUCUGGCUUUUCCCUAUACUUCUUUAAACAAAUGGAACAUUAAAAGCAUGAAUAAAUUAAAACAAGAAACAAUCGACUAUUGAUGUUUAAA